UCUCAACUUGAUCAAUGAGCAAGGCCAUGGGCAAAAUUCACUACCUUUUCUUGAUAAAUUUUAGCUUAGUUUCGUUAGCCAUGAUGGCUGCCGGCAACAGUAAUGUUACAACGGAUCAAUUAGCGCUUCUUGCGCUAAGAGAUCGCAUGAUCAAUUCAGAGCCUCGAGAAAUCUUGGCAAAAAACUGGUCCAUUACCUCCUCCGUCUGUGAUUGGAUAGGGGUCACCUGCGGGUCUCGACACCGCCGAGUGACUGCCUUGAAUAUCUCAAAGAUGAACCUUACUGGUACCUUACCUCCUCAACUUGGGAACCUGUCCUUUCUGGUUUCCCUUAACAUUAGCAGGAACAAUUUCCAUGGAGAGUUGCCCCCUGAGUUAGUUCACUUGCGCAGAUUGAGAUACCUUAAUUUUAGGACCAACAAUCUCAGUGGAGAGCUUCCCUCCUGGUUUGGUUACUUACACAAACUCCAAUUCCUGUCUCUCGGAAACAAUAGCUUUUCGGGUUCUAUCCCGCCUUCCAUCUCUAACAUGUCAAAAUUGGAGACGCUAUGUCUGUCUUUCAAUUCCAUUGAGGGGACCGUUCCAACAGAAUUUCAGAAUCUUCAUAAUUUGAAGACUUUGGUUGUUGAGUAUAAUCCGCUUUCCGGUCCUUUGCCUCUCCAUGUAUUCAACAUUUCCUCACUGGAAAACAUUGCCUUCUGGAAUAACAACCUAUAUGGCAUUCUUCCGGACGACAUCUGUCAGCGCCUUAAGAAACUUACAUGGCUUAAUCUAGCGUACAACAAUUUGAUCGGUCGAAUACCUUCAACGGUGUCUCAGUGUUCACAGCUUCGGUAUCUUUCCUUGUCUGGGAACCAUUUCACUGGACCGAUACCCAUGGGAAUUGGGAACCUGACAAUGCUGGAGCAAAUACACCUGCAGAUGAACAAUUUAACAGGCCUUCAUCAAAUCCACUUUUAUGACAGAUCUUGGCUUUCCUCUGAUAUUCUCUUACCAAUUCAUGCAUUAAAAGAACACUAUCUGCUAAAGCAGCAUCAAUUGUUGGAAGGGGAGAUCGAUGUCUGCCUUUCACAAAAGCAUUUUGAGUAGUUGAAAUGAA